UCAGUCAUGUCAGUUUAGACUGUUUUCUAUCUUUUCAGGAUCUUAGCGAUGUCUCUGGCUGCCGCUUCUUUUCGCGUUAAUGUUUUCACGUUAUGCCGCGCUGUGGGGGCUCGCCUGCUUUCCACUCAAACAACCACAGAGACGAGUAGAUCAUACGGUGGCUUGAAGGAUUCUGAUCGUAUCUUUACCAACCUCUAUGGUAGACACGACUGGAAUCUGAAGGGAGCAAUGGCAAGGGGUGAUUGGUAUAAGACGAAGGAAAUCUUGUUGAAAGGACACGAGUGGAUACUUGAUGAGAUAAAGAAAUCUGGACUGAGGGGAAGGGGAGGAGCCGGCUUUCCGUCUGGCUUAAAGUGGAGUUUCAUGAAUAGGCCACCUGAUGGUCGUCCAAAGUACUUAGUAGUGAAUGCUGAUGAAGGCGAGCCUGGCACGUGUAAGGAUCGAGAAAUCAUGAGGCACGAUCCACAGAAACUUGUGGAGGGUUGCCUUGUAGCGGGAAGAGCAAUGGGGGCAAGAGCAGCUUACAUCUACAUUCGCGGAGAGCUUUACAACGAAUCAGUAAUUAUGCAGAUGGCCAUAAAGGAGGCGUAUGAUGCUGGCUUGAUAGGCAACAAUGCCUGUGGCAGUGGCUACGACUUUGACAUAUUUAUGCAUCGGGGAGCCGGUGCGUACAUAUGUGGAGAAGAGAUGGCAUUGAUUGAGAGUUUGGAGGGAAAGCAAGGCAAACCAAGGAUGAAACCUCCGUUUCCUGCGGAUGUUGGUGUGUUUGGCUGCCCUACUACAGUUGCUAAUGUCGAGACGGUUGCAGUAGCGCCUACCAUCUGUCGUAGAGGCAGUUCAUGGUUCUCUUCAUUUGGUAGAAAACGCAACGAAGGAACAAAAUUGUUCUGCAUCUCUGGCCACGUGAACAAUCCCUGCACAGUCGAAGAAGAAAUGUCAGUACCAUUGAGAGAGCUGAUAGAACGACAUGCCGGUGGUGUCAGAGGUGGUUGGGAUAAUCUUCAAGGAGUCAUUCCAGGAGGUUCAUCGGUGCCGAUACUACCAAAACAUAUUUGUGAUGAUGUUGCCAUGGAUUUCGAUUCGCUUGUGGCAGUAAAGUCAGGCCUCGGUACUGCAGCUGUCAUUGUCAUGGACAAGACGGCUGAUGUCAUCAAGUGCAUUGCCAGACUGAUUGACUUCUACAAGCACGAGAGCUGUGGCCAGUGUACACCUUGCCGCGAAGGGACAGGAUGGAUGGCAAAGAUCAUGAACAGAUUUGUUGAAGGCAAUGCCAAACCCUCAGAAAUUGACAUGAUUGAGGAACUGAGUCGUCAGAUGGAAGGGCAUACUAUUUGUGCAUUGGGAGAUGGUGCUGCGUGGCCAAUACAGGGCUUGAUUCGUCACUUUCGGCCAGAAAUAGAGGCUCGAAUGGAGCAGUUUCGUGCACAACAAAGUAGGGAGCAGAAGCAUCAGACAGUGGCAUGAAACGUAACUCAAGCAUAACUUAUCUAUAUUAUGUCUUUGUUGUAAAGGUUUAGUCAGCAAUAGAAAGUCAUUACAAUAUGAUGUAUUGACGUUGUA